AUGGCCCUGGAAGCAGGACAAGUUCCCAAGAUAUCCAGUGUGCUGACCUUACAACCGUUUCUCGACAGUGACAAAGUACUUCGCCUAGGCGGCAGGCUACAGCAGCUUGAUGACCAAGAGAAGCUGAAGCAUCCGAUCUUGCUUCCUGCUGAUCACCGAUUCACCAAUCUCUUGGUUGACGCAACGCACAAACGGCUCCUGCAUAGGGGAAUUCAGCUCACCCUCCAAGACCUUCGGAAGCGCUUUUGGAUCAUCAAGAAGCGCCGUACAGUGAAGCGCGUUCUAAAAGCGUGCUUACCGUGCCGACGACGCUGCCUGCUUCCCGAAGCUGCCCCGGUAGCACCCCUGCCAAAGGAAAGAAUUCAUGAGGCAACUGCGUUUGAGGUGGUGGGAAUUGAUUUCUGUGGGCCACUCUAUUGCCGUGAUGAAUUUGCCUCGACGGAAAAGGUGUACAUCGUUGUAUUUUCUUGCGCUGUGACAAGAGCAGUACACCUGGAGCUGACAACAGAUUUGACAGCGCGAGCAUUUUUACACGCUUUCAAGCGCUUUGCUGCACGACGUGGAAUACCUGCGAUCGUGUACUCUGACAAUGCGAAAGCAUUUCGCUGCAGUGCCAAGCAGUUGUGCUCGCUCUUCGAAGACGACGUUCAGGACUAUGCCAGCUCUCACAGAAUCAAGUGGCGCUUUAUAGUUGAAUGCGCACCGUGGUGGGCGGCUUUGGAAGCACUCAAGCGCUGCCUCGAACGGAGCAGCUUGCGUUACAACGAGCUGCUCACCGUGCUAGCGGAAGUCGAAGCGCCAGUUAACUGUCGUCCGCUCACGUACUUAGAGGAUGACGUCACGUCCACAGACGUGCUGACACCCUCGCACUUAGUUGGCAAGCGUCUCGUCACUCUGCCAACAGAUCGAGAAAACCUUGCCCUCAAUGUCGCUGCGCCUGACCUUUGA